UUCUACUUUUUGUCGGGCUUUUCCACCCCAAAGCUCUAAGCCUUUGGGACCUUUCCCUUGCGAACUAUUUAGGCACAUGCUGUUCAUAUCUUCCAUGCGAUGGGGCCAUUAAAUUAAGUAGAAGUUGAAAACUUGGAAGCAGCUUCUUCUCAGCCAACGCAUUCUAAGGGAAUCACUUGGCUCCAUGCCUUCCCUUAGGAAAGCCGUAUGGGGGGAGAGGAAAACAGGGACCGGGUCAUCAAUUAUGAGGUUUAUAGGACGCGACCCCUUUUCUUCUUUAUAUAUCAAUAAAUCAGACUGCCGGCCAUUAAAAAAAUAAAGAGAGCUAGAUGUGAGCUCCACUUCGCACUCAUGUUAAGAGCUCCGUAGAAUUGCUGCAGCCUAGCCUUUUCCACUGCAACUAAGGGAUUCCUCUGUGUAUGAUAGAAGACUGCUGAAGGCUAGAUAGCAGCGAGGGGAAGAUGGGGUACGAGGCAAAGCUGGUUAGGAGCUUCAGCCGCUUCGAACCACAGAAGCUCGGACUUGGAUUGCUCGCCGCGUGUUUUCUGGUCUCGUUAACCUACAUUUCGGUGACCAAUAACUUUGCAGUCCAUUUUCCCAUCUUAAAUUCCCGGCAAUCAUCAUCGAAGCAUGCAGCGGAAACCGGCCCUCUGGUCGAAACUGCAAUGACUUCUCCACAGUUAGAGGCGGGGCUCGAAAAUGCGACGCAUGAGAGCCGGCCAAGCUGCGACGAUGCCAACCCAAGAUCAGGUCUUUGUGGAAAGAAUGAUCUUACCGAGAUGCACCAGAAUUCUUCCUCCACGGCUUCUGAUGUUCCCCCUGCGAAAGAAGAUCUUUCAAACAGCACUAAACAACUAGGUGGUGAAAAGGUGACAUGGGGAAAAAGCUUACCAUGCGACCCAAAAUCAGGUCACUGUGAAACGGAUAGUGAUGGUAGGACCCAGAAGAACAUGACCACCAUGGUUGAUUCAUUGCCUGGACCAGUUACCACCAGUUCCAUCAAAAAAGAUGAACGGAUUGAGGAUUUGGAGGCUGAGAGGAAGCCGAUGUGCGACACGUCGGCCCGGAGAUCCGACGUCUGCGAAAUGGACGGUGAUGUGAGGAUUUUGGGGAAGAAUUCCUCGGUGAUAUACGUGACACCCUCUAGAAUUGGUGCAUGGGGAAGAAAUGAGUCAUGGAAGAUCAGACCUUAUUGUCGCAAGACAGACAAGGCGGCCAUGGCUGAAGUUCGGGAGGUAUCCGUGAAAUCAUUGGGAAAUUACGAAGCAGCCCCUCGCUGCACUGUUAAUCACACAGUUCCUGCCAUCGUCUUCUCAAUUGCAGGAUACACUGGAAACUACUUCCAUGCCUUCACCGACGUGGUCGUCCCACUCUUCCUGACUUCCUACCAAUACAAUGGAGAAGUACAGCUUGUUGUGACCAAUUUCAAAGUUUGGUGGAUUUACAAGUACCUUCCGAUACUAAAGAAGCUCUCUCGCUAUGAAAUCAUUGAUUUCGACAACGAUGAGAGAGUGCAUUGCUGUAAACAUGCGAUCGUCGGUCUGAAAGCCCACAACGACUUGAGCAUCGACCCCUCGAAAGCUCCGAACGGAUAUUCCAUGGUCGACUUCACAAGGUUUAUGAGGAGCGCGUACUCGCUGGAGAGGAGUUCCCCGAUGAGGAUCGGUGAACAUCCCGGUAAGAAGCCAAGGCUGCUGAUCAUAGCAAGAAGUCGAACGAGAAAGUUCAUGAAUCUAGACAAGAUAAUUCGGAUGGCAGAGAAGUUGGGCUUUGAGGUGGUGGUCUCGGAGGCCGACAACAAUGUGACUCGGUUUGCGCAUGUUGUGAACUCAUGUGACGUGAUGAUGGGGGUUCAUGGUGCCGGGCUCACCAACCUAGUCUUCCUUCCGACGAACGCAAUCCUGAUCCAGAUAAUCCCUUGGGGUAGGCUGGAUUGGAUAGCUAAUACUUACUUCAAGUAUCCGUCCAAGGAGAUGAAACUGAGGUACUUGGAUUACAAUAUAACUGAAGAGGAGAGCACGCUUAUAGAUCAGUACCCUAGAGACCACGCUGUCUUCAAGGACCCCUCGUCAAUUCACAAGCUUGGAUGGAAUGGUAUGAUGGAAAUAUACCUAGUGAAGCAAAAUGUAAAGCUCAAUAUCAGGAGGUUUAGGCCUGUUCUGAUAAAAGCCCUUAAGCUUCUACAUCAACGAUAGAACAGAAGAGUUAGAUUUAGUUUAUCGUACAUUUAAAAGUUUUCACUUCAACUGCUCAUUCUUUUCUUCCCCAAGGGGGUGGCAAGAAGGAUGAUUUACAAAUUGUAAUCUUGCCGCACAUGGAGAGUCUAUAUAUAUAUGAACUAAAUCAUACUGAGAAACUACAAAAUAAUUCCUCAA